AUGGAUAGAAGUGAAAACAGCCCUGAUGAUGAGUUGAAAGAAAACCCUUUUUUCAAGAAGAAUCAAGAAGAGGAGAGUGGGCUCCGGAGUAGUAGAAACAGUGUUAUGAGCUCAAGCAAUAAUAACAGUAGUAGUGUUGGGGAUGAGAGUGAGAAUAAGGGAAGCUCUGGUGGCAGUGUAAGACAGUAUGCAAGAUCUAAGGUGCCAAGGCUACGUUGGACUCCUGAUCUCCAUCUUUGUUUUGUUCAUGCCAUUGAAAGAUUAGGGGGACAAGAAAAAGCAACUCCUAAACUAGUACUUCAGCUUAUGAACAUCAAGGGCCUCAGCAUCACUCAUGUUAAGAGCCAUUUACAGAUGUAUAGAAGCAAGAAGAUGGAUGAUCAUGGUAGAGUUAUGACCCAUGAAGGGACUUUCAUGGAAACUAAAGAUCAACAAAUCCAUAGCCAUUAUCAACUACUUCCCAUGAUAGAAAGUCAUGAUAAAGGGAUUAUUUCAAAUUUCAGAUUUAGUGAUGUUUCUUGGAGUGACUAUGGGAACUGGAUUGAUGAAGGCAAUAAUUAUGAUCUCAGUCCAGAAAGUGUUUUGGUGAUACUUUGGCGUGCCCGUUUCACCCUUGAAAUGCGUCAAAAUGGUCAAAAAGUGCAUACAUGA